AUGGAACAGAUAUGUACAACAGCAGCAAUGCCACUCCAUGCAAUAUUGGUGCAACCAGCGAACUUGACAGAUCAACCAACAUCACCACAACUUCUGUCGAAGUUUUUCAAUGAGAUGCAAACAGUACCAAUGCAUCUGCCAGAAACAUCUAAUGAAGAUUUGACCGAUAAUUUAAUUACUGAUGUUCCACCCACUUGUUUCAAUCCAACAAAUCGUCAUAAACGUAUUCGAGAUGAAGCCGAACAAAAUUAA